CUUUUAUGGGUUGAUUGCGAAUUUGCAAUGUUGAGUUUUGGAGUCUUUGUCAAGCUCGAUCGCACAGCUGUAUCAUCUAAGAGUUUUCCAAUAAGCGGUCGUUUGCACACACUUACUGAAAAGCCCGUGGUGAGUUUGUUAUAUGGCAAAAGAAGCUUGAAGCCUGUUUUGACGAGAGGUUUUGACGAGGUGAAAUUGAGAACUUUACACACGAGAAUUUUCGUAUGUUUGCUGCCAACUAGUGAUAACGUAAGCGAUGAGAACGAAGCUUCUCUGUACAAACGUGAUUUAGAAGAAGGGUUGUUAGACGGAAACUUUCAAGCUUUAGAGAGGACGAGUCAAGACACAGUUGACGAAGAUUCAAUCAGUGAGUCUGAUAAAGAAUCAAUUUACGGUGAUGACGUCACCAAGAACAUUGCUCCCAAGUGGUAUCUUCUUCAAGUUACUCGCGGUAGGGAAAGGUCCGUGAGAGACACUUUAUUAUCGAAGGCUGAGAAUACUAAGAUGCUCAACGGUCGUCUGUUGAACGUUCUCGUUCCUUGCUUUAAGAAAGUUGUUCUCUCACCAAGGGGAAUCCCGAAAGUUCGAAUGGAACCUGUCUUCUCUGGCUACGUUUUAGUCAAGCUAAUAAUGACAGAUUCCGCGUAUCGGUCUAUAAAAGAGACUUUAUUUGUUGUAGGUUUCGUUUCAUUUGGCAACAAGGGAAAGAGGAAGAUAAUUCCGGAGCCUCUUCGGGAUUCUGAGGCAGAAGAAAUACUUCGUAAAGUCGAGGCCAAAUACCCAAAGUCCGAUUUAGCUUUUUCAGUUGGAGAUAAAGUGCAAGUUCAAACGAGUGAAAUGAAUGCAUACGGCAUUGUUUCAGAAACUGAAAAGGAAUGUGUGAAGGUAGCAUGUUUGCUUGAGGGUUCAGCAGCCACCGUAGAAGCGACCGUAGAUUCUCUCAGGCUUGUAAAGGACGAAGAAUUUGAAGCUGCUGUGAAGGAAUAUAUUAAGUCGAGGCAAGCCAAGCCACGGCAGACGAAGAAGAAGAAGAAGAAGCAUAAUUGAAGCGAAUAAAGAUAAUGUAUCGAAC